CUGAUAGCAGUGGCGUAGAGGCGAGUCACGCGGACGGCAAAGGAAGCUUGCAGCUCCAGUCGGGGACCAGAUCAGCAUCCGAUCACUGCAUGGUGGUUGGGCCUGGCCCUGGCUGGUAUCGGCGCCUGACAUCACGUUGAAACAAGAAAAAGAAAAAUAUGGAGUUCACUGGCUGCAGAAGACACUGUCACCAUGCCUUCCUGACAGCCAUGCUAAUCUGACAGGUUUCUUCUCGCUGUCCUUGGCGGAUCCCCAGCUUCACUGCAAUUCGCAGCGGUGCUUGUCUAGGCCAGAUCCUCUUAUUAUCGCCAUGGAUGUCCUGAUCCAUCGCCUUCCGAGGAGUACAGCUUGGAAUAAUCCUUGAUUCUUCUUCCCUUAUCGCUGUGUUUCCCUGAUUUGCCGCCGCGUGUAUACGAGCAUUUUCGUCCUCUAAGCAUACUCAAUCCCACUUGCCUGAGAUAAAAUUCUCUGUGACUAUCUCCCUUUGUAUCGUGUGUGAAAGCUUUUGCAGAGUUUUCCCUUCACGUACACAAUGUUCAGAUCCACCAUCGUUCGUCAAGCUGCCAAAGCACUUUCUCAGUCACUACGCCCCGCUGUGUUGGCAGCUACAGAACAGCGAUCUUUAGAUACCUUUGUCCGCUCGCUUUCCUCGACAGCUCACCGUUUGAAUAAAGACGAUGAUAUCAAGAAGGACCCCUUCCUAACAGCUACCAACAAAGCUCCUGAGGGUACAUUAGGCGAGACAGAAGGUCGUUUUGCCCGUACUGAUGAGAAUGUCAAAUUCGAAUAUCCCGAUGACGAGAAUAUGCCUCGGUCGCCGAUCGUCCAGGGUCGUGGUGGCAUGCACUUCAAGCGUACACUGGCUCAGUUCUCCCUCGAAAACAGGGUUACUCUUGUGACCGGUGGUGCUCGCGGCCUGGGAUUGACCAUGUCCCAGGCAAUUGUGGCCUCGGGGUCGGAUGUGGCUAUUGUUGACUUGAACAGAGAGGAAGCGCAAGACCAGGCCGCAAAGCUCGUGGAACAAUUUCAGAAGGAGAAUCCGGGUCUUGAAUGUGAUCAAUUGCCCACCGUCACCGCUCACUACGCCGAUGUGUCCAACCCCGAGUCUGUGAGCAAGGCUAUUGCAGAAGUCAUCGAGAAGCACGGCAAGAUUGAUCACCUAGUGACUUCUGCUGGGUUUACUGAGAACUUCGACGCCAUAUCCUACCCUUAUGACCGGAUGCAGAAGUUGUGGGGCGUCAACGUGGAUGGCACCUACCUAUUUGCUACCGGAGUGGCCAAGCACCUCAUGGAGCGCAAGGCACCGGGCAGCAUUGUCAUGAUAGGUAGCAUGUCUGGUGCUAUUGUUAAUGUCCCCCAGCCCCAAGCUCCAUACAAUGCAGCCAAAGCUGCUGUCCGUCACCUUGCCUCUUCCUUCGCCGUUGAGUGGGCCCGACAUGACAUUCGUGUUAAUUGCAUCAGUCCCGGAUAUAUGCUGACUGCGCUUACUCGGAAGAUCCUCGAGGAAAAUCCUGACCUCCGCGACAAGUGGAUCUCCCUGAUUCCCACAGGCAAGAUGGGUACCCCAGAAGACCUGAUGGGUGCUGUUACCUUCCUCCUGAGUGAUGCUUCCCGCUACGUAACGGGUGCGGAUCUCCGCGUUGACGGUGGCUAUACCCUGACCUAAAACACAACUGACUGUUACGAUGCUGUUUACUGUACGAAAUAUGAUUUGCAUGAUACAAGAUUUUCCAGGAACCCGGCUGCUUGAUAAAUGAACUUGUUUAUUCUAUGGUGAGGCGUGCGAUCUAUCACUCUCGCGGUAUUCGUCCCCAAAAUACUUCGUUUUUCUAUUUCACAUUCGUUGUGGCCAAGAUAGCUCUCACUAUGGUGCUCAUUUUUGAUGGAGUUUAGCAUAGUUUCACAAAAGUGAGAUAAUAACCUUGAUUUUACUGUCGAUUUAGAACCAGCACCAAAA